AUGGCAUCCCCAGCAUCCGAGGCGCUGCAUCAGUACAUCUUCAGCGCCAUUGAACCUAUGCGCGGUCCUCUUCCACAGCAUGUCGUCAAACUAAAAUCAUACUGUACAUAUAACAUCGCCUUCCUCGUCAAGCGUGCCGGCGGUCCCGGGGUCUCCGCCUCCGAAGUCUCUGUCUCCAUCAUCGACCUUCGCGGUGUUAAUAAUCGUGAGAUCGGCCACCAAGCCACAGUCUCCCUCCAUCAACGCCAGGAGCAACUCAGAGUCGUGGUCACUGCGCAGGUGCUGUGGGGUCAAUCUGUUAUGGUCGGUUUGACCGAGAAGGUGGACAGGAUUAUCAAGUACAUGCUGGAACAAGAGGCCCACAUCGGGGAUAUUGGCUAUAAAAGCUCUACUCCCGUCGACCAUCAACCGCUCACCAUCAGCUCUUCUCCCCAAAUCAAACGAGCAACCCUUAAAGUCUGGACCUUCUCUGUCACCGAAAUGGCAUCCUCGAAAUCGGACGUGCUGCAGCAUCAUAUCGCAAGCGCCAUCCACGCUUUGGACGUCGACGAACUGGGAGCGCGCCGGAUCGAAGCAGGUUCUUGUAAAUUGCCCCGCACUCCCCUCUACUCCGUUUCAAGCAAGGAACUAACAUCCAAUACAUCAGACAACAUUGCGUUCCUCAUCAAGUACGCCGUCGGCCCCGACGUCCCCAUCUCCCAUGUUUCGGUCACAUACAGGGACAUCUUCUGCACUGACCAAGAUUGUUUCAUUCGCACAGCUAUGGUGUCUGUACUUGAUGGUCCUGGACAUCUCAGAGUCGUGAUUAGUGAGGAGGCCACUGGGAAAAGGGAAGCCUUCGGGUAUUUGUUCCUCAAGGCAGAAAAGGCUAUCAACGAUAUUAUGGUCAAGUUGUAA